AAAACACUCAUAUAACUUACAUACAAUAACAAGAAAAAGAUUGUCAGAAUGACUACUUCAAAGGAAUUAAAUUUGGCUAGGAAAAGCCUCGUGGCAUCACUUGGUGAAAAUGCAAAAGUGUAUUUCGAAAAGAUGAAGCUAUGGUUCCAAAUGAAAACUACAAAAGAAGAAUUUGAUUGCGAAGCACGUAAUCUCAUGACAGAAGAUCAAGUUCAUUUACACAAUGAAUUCUUGCUGUGUCUCUUUAAUAAGGUUCGUGGAUUAGCCGCUGUUACACCAACCAAGAUAGACAGGGAUAAAAUUUCAAAGGAGAGAAGACUGAGAUUAAAACGCAAAUACAAGACUGACAAAUCAAACUUUGAGCCAGCGGACAUGUAUGUGGAAGUAUUAGGUCAAGCUUCAUCACCUGUCAGAGACGAGCCUAUAGGUGCCAAUCGCUCUAGCGCCCAAGAACUCGUAUUGCCAGAUCGUACUUUUGUAUUAGCUCGAUUAAUGCUCGCUGCGUGGGAAAAUAAUAUGGAUGGGGCUGAAGAAAAUACCGCGCAUAUUGUCAUAGCAGCAACACAAAUUUUCUUGAAAAAUAUACUCACUGCAAUUUUCACACGUAGAAAGGGCUAUGCUGUUCGAGACAGUACUUUCAUUUAUAAUAUAGGAGAACCAGUACCUAGCUCGUGGAAAAGAAACUCCAUGUAUAUAAAUUCACAUAAUUUUGGACCGACAGAAGUAAUAGAUACUUAUGGCCAAAUUCCUGCAUCAAAAUCAAGUUUCGAAGAAGCUGAACAAGCCACUGCUUUUUCAUAUGCUUGUUCUACACAAAUCACUCGUCCACUGUUAAAACCAGUAAGCACGGCCGAUUUGCAAUAUGCAUUAAAGAUUUAUAAAAAUCUUGUUAGCAAUCAUACUAUAUAUGCUACUAAUAUGGAGCGAUUAUAUACGUAUGCUACUCAUCCAACAUGGGAGGAUUUGGAGGCAAAAAAGUUAUUAUGUCAACCAUCAACAUGAAGGAUUCUCAAUAUCUUAUAUCUAUUAAUGUUGUAGUUCGUUAGUUUAUUAUUGUAAGUAAGAUUAUUAUAUUAAAGUAGAGCUGUUUAUUUUUCUCAUAUUCGAUCUCGUUUCAUGCAGUGAAACAUAAAAUAGACAACAGAUGUAUCUUGGUUCAAUUAAAUUGUUAAGUUUAUUUAACAUCAUUCUCGUCGUAUUAGGGCCGGUUGUUCCACUUUUUGGUAAAUUUUACCUGUUGGGUAAAUAGCAAGAUUACUCAAUUACAUGCACGAAUUGUCAGAUUUACUCAAUAGGUUAUCAAAAGGUGAAACAACCAGCGGCCCUUAAUAUUCUAAUUUUUGUACAUAGUCAUUACUGUAAAUUAUAUACCUUUAAUGUCAUGUAAAUUCACAUUUAAUCUGUUCA